CUGCGGCCCUGAGUCUGAUUCGGCAUCACCCAGCUGUCCGGAUUCAGAAUUCGCUGUUCGACUCGCUUCCUUGAGACCGAUCAUUGGCUCUUGCAUGGAUGCUACUGCUACUACUUCUACUUGAGCUUGUGCAGCUCCGAACGCGGAAGAAUUUCGUGUAGUACCGGAGAGAGAAUGCCAGCCGGAGGUUGUGGAGGCAACGGUUUGUAUUGAAGACGUGAUGGAGUGUUUUUCGGGGUUGGAUUGAAGGUGGAAGCUGUUUGUGGUGGGAGUGUUCUGUGGAGACGAGGAGCAGUUCGAACCGUCUGCGGAGCUUGCGGUGUUUUCGUUCUGAGAUGGUUUAGGGUGGGAAUGCUGCCGCGACUGCGCUUCUAUGAUAUCCGGAUUAGCCGCUGUAUGUUAGCGCACCAGUUUGGGGAUGAAGAGAGUGGCGGGAUGCGAAAUCAGAAGCAGAACGCGAGGUUGCAACAGGCGAAAGGACAGCUUUUCAUAUGUGGCAUAUUUGGAAAUUGCGCCAGCUCGGUGUUGAGUCCGCGCACUCCUCCCGGCAGUGCUGAUCACGGCCAGAAAACAGCGUUCGUGUGGGCGGCGAAUGAUUGCAAUGUGCCGCAGAAGCAGCAAGGUGGAGAUGUAUACCGCCGAUGCGAAAGGUCAGAAGUUGACAUCCCGCUAUCCGGUUUCGUCCCCGGCUCCCCGUCUGCCAGUGAAGGUGACAAUGCGUCCUCUUCGGCUUCCGAUCGGACGUCGGACCAAUGCUCUGUUCACGCCAGGUCCUCCAUCGCUUCAGAUGCUUCUGACUUGAGGGGUUCGGAUUUGGAGGAGCUGUUGGCUGAGAUCAAAGUUGGGAAUUGCUCAAAAAUGACGAUCAGUAGCUUAAACAACGUGCUGGGUAAGAAUUGCCAGUCCUCGAGGGAUCUCAUUCGAUCGUCAGGUGUUAUUUCUUCUCUCAUCGCUCUGCUUGUGUCGAGCAAUUUGGCUGAGACGGAAGGCACCGGCGGUGCUCGUGUUUUGGGUGACGACAACCACGCCCCAUCCUUGCUCGAGGAGUCACUCGCUGCUCUGUCUGUGUUGUCUGAGGAGGAAUCCACGACGCAGCAGAUGACUACUCCCGAGUUUUUAACGGUUGUGAUGUGGCAUAUCCGUAAGGGGAGAAAGCUUGCAAGGGAGAACGCGUGCGUGAUCCUGGAGAGGCUUUCCUUGAAGGAGGGGUUUAAGGAGACGAUGGGCGCCAGCCCGGGCGUGUUGGAGGGGCUCAACAGCAUCUUGCUGCACGAGAAGCACCUCAAGCUCGUGAAAUUGGCCACAAGAACAUUGCUAGCAUUGUGCUUGCUACGAGAGAACAGACUCCGAGCGGCCGAGGCAGGCGCGGUGGCAUCCAUCCUGGAGAUGCUUCCUCUGGCGAGAUCCGCUGUGGCGGAGAAAGCGCUCGCAACGCUAGAGCUUCUGAGCACCACGGAGGAAGGAAAAGCGGCCAUAAUCGACCACGCUCUCGCCGUGCCCGUGCUCGUCGAGCUCAUCCUCAAGGUCUCCGACCGAGGGACGGAGUACGCCGCCGGAACGCUGAGUGCCAUUUGCAGCGACAACCUCGCCAUGCAAGAGGCCGCCGUUGAGCACGGCGCCCCAACCAAACUGCUGCUGCUCAUCCAAAGCGACUGCACGGCUCGUGCGAAGAGAAAAGCCAACCAGCUCCUCAAGGUGCUGCACAAGCUCUGGAUGCAAAAUCCCUGUAACCCAGACUCUGGUGUCACCAAAGCCAUCCACUACUGAGUUUCUCGUACAUAAAUUAAUCCCUUCCCCUCCUCCCCCUUGCGAUUCUUAGGAUCUGUGUACCAUAUGUAAUGUUCUGAAUCUGCAAUGCCAGGCUUGAAUCGACGCCCACCGCGUGCAGUUUUGAUCGUUUACUGCGCACCCCAACUCCACAUUCUCGAACUAGGAAACCGUUCGUGGCAGUCAUCGGAGUCUCGCUAUAUUUGCGACUAGCGUCGCUCCGUUGUGCCCCUUGAAUCUUACCCACUGCCAGUGGCACCGCAACAUUUGCAAAUCCCCAUGAAAAUGAUUUGUCGGUGAGGUUCGUAUUCAUAAUAAGCUUUUCCAUGUUUCGUCGCCGAACGAAGGUUCGGCCGACACCGCCCGGCGCGCUUUAUGUUGAUGCUUGUCGGUGUGAGCCGCGGCAUCGGUAAUGGUGUUGGAUUUCAAAUUUAUUAUUUUCAUUUACUUUCCCAUUC